AAAAUAAAAGAUAGCCCAAAACAUACGUUGAUUGGAAGAUAGAGAGUCGACAAGAAUCUUUAAAUCUCCUUAGAACAAACAAAAACAGUCGACCACAAAAACUCAACAUUUGGGUCUAAAAGUUCAAUGAUCGAACCCAUAAACCCAACAAUCUUGCGUCUAAAGUCCUCUCCCGUAAAAUCUAAAACUCAUCAUCACCUCGACUCGGUCACAAACCAUUACGCGUAACAGAAUCUGCAAACGAAACAAAAUAAAAGAAAGAGAAGCCGGGCAGUGACCGGAAGGCGAAGCUAAGCUAUGCAGCGCUAUGCACAAAGUUUCAAAAUAUUUGUUUCGAUAGUCGUGUUUCGAUCGGCUUAGCUUAGCUUACGGUGAAAACAGUUUCUUGCACUGUGCCGCUUAUUUGUCCAAUCGAUUAAUUCCAUAAAACGAAAGAGCAUAGAAAGUUGACGAAAUUAUUGGGUUUCCGUCAAGUUCGUUCCUUCGCUUUGUUAACAAGCAACGGAUGAGCAAUAUUUUACGUUUUACGUCAUGUACAACAUCUGGUCUAUUAAUUUCUCCAUCUCUCUCGGAAAGUCGCAGAGUGGCGUUUUUGCAAAACUUCUGCGGUCUAUUGGCAGGAUGUCAAAAACCGAACCUUGAACCGAAUCCUUCAUUUAUAUUACGUUUAUUACUUGCGGAGAGACGGAGAAAGCUAAUAGACCAGGAUGUAUCGUAGAUACCUCGCUAACGCGACAUAAAACAUAAAAUAUCGCGUAUAUUAUUAUUUCGAUAUUCAACGAUAAACCGAACUUUUUGAGACAAACUCGAAACAAGCGCUUCGACACGCUCAAAAAUGUCAAAACAUGAAGUAAAAAAUAAACACUUUGCCGUGCGAACAACCAAAUAUUUUUAAAUUUCCCACGGCGCAGCACCGCUUAGCUUAGCUUUUUCGAUGGUUCUCCGGUAAAGGAGCGAAAAAAGUGCGGAACCUUGCGCGUUGACCUUGACUGUCGUCGAGUUCCGCAUUGCUGGAGCGCGAAGGGCCCCAAGGAAAGGGCUACUUGUAAGAUCGUUGGCCGGGUUGGAAGAAGGGCGAAGAAGAGAGACUGUACCCGUGGCUGGCAGCUUCGGCCUUCAACUUGACCGGCCCGACUAGCGCCCUUCUCUUUGGUCGAGGCAAGCGUGACCGCUUCGGGAUACGAGCACGUACAAUUUUAGAUGCGGGGUCCUUGACACCUUCGGUAACGAGACAACUGGCAGCCAUUGACAGCCUCGAACGUUGCUCCCCCCGUCCAUUGAUUCGCACCGCGAGUCCUCCGUUGGUUUGGCUUGGCCGCGUAUGUGCCUGGCAACCAGCGAGCGUACAAGAGAGACGAGCAACCUUUCCAGCGAUCGGAAACUUUCAAGACGGGUCGAGACUCUAACCCGUUAACCGGGUUAUGCCUCAACGCAUUGUUGACAGGGCCUCGGCCAGGAUGUUCUCAUGGGAGCGAAAGAGGAAGAAUGGGGCAACGCAUUAAACGUGCGAGAUAAAUCCUCGCUGGGAGUUGUGUUAAGGGAUCGUUUGAUGACGGAUGCCGCCCUCGGAGGUCCACGACCGAUCAAGUCCGAGCACAAUUAUAGUUUGUUGGCGUCGAGUCCUCCUCCAAGCCCCGCGACACCCGGUGCCAACCCCCAUACACCUAAUUCCGGAUCGUCCGCCGAUAGGGUUGGCGCUUCUCUCUCCACCACUAGUUCCUCCAUCGAUUCUACUAAUCUGGAUCAUCAUAAAUCGUUGGACAUUCGAAGCAGAAUCGAUGAUAUGGAGGAGGAGUGUUUCCCAGCGAUCUCAAUGAAUACCGCGUCGGGACGCGACGAGCUGCCUUCGUCGUCGUCCACGUCGUCUACCUCAACGAUUAUCCUAAAGAGAAGAAACAAUGUAGUACCUGAAGACGUGGAGUGUACAGAGAUCAAAGGUGAACCGAUCAGCGCGCCUAGCAGUCCUUCGGAGUCUUGUCAAACGUCGAUAACCGACGAUAAAAACACGAUAACCAUGGUGUUUCCUCAGACUCUUCAUUUUUCGAAGAACCAUAUGUCGCAGACCAGCGACAGCGAGGAGGAUGACGAGGAAUAUUAUCAGGGUAUGGAGGUAGAAGAGUACAACGGGGAGGCGAGCGAUGAGAAACAGGCGGAUCUACGCGCGUCCAGGCAAGGCCUACCGCCAACGCCGCCGAGCAGCGCCAGCUCCGACAGCGAGGGCACCGCUUCCGCUUCCUGUUCGCCGGAACGCCGAGAUUCCCAGAGCUCCGCGCACGCACAGAAUCUCAGAGGCCUGCUCACGCCCAGACUUUACAUCACAAACGGCACGCACACCACCAGACAGCCGAUACACACACCCUUGAUUUCCUGUCAACCGAAAGGGUCGACGGGUGUGUUAACGUUGACCGAAGAGGAGAAGCGGACAUUGAUCGCGGAGGGAUAUCCAGUGCCUACGAAACUGCCUCUGACGAAACAAGAAGAGAAGUCUCUGAAGAAAGUCCGUAGGAAAAUCAAGAACAAGAUAUCAGCCCAGGAGUCGCGACGGAAGAAAAAGGAGUACAUGGAUGGCCUAGAAAGACGCGUGACAAUGCUCACGAACGAGAACUCCUCCUACCGGGACCGACUAACAGCGUUAGAAGACACGAAUCGCGAAUUACUGAAAGAGCUUCAACGUCUCCAGGCACUUCUUCAGCUACAAAACUCGUAGGCGCACCGUUUCGAAAUGACGUUGAAUGAUUAUCAAGAAGACAUUAUAAUCGCGGUCAUAGUGGUCGGAAGGGCGAUUUCGCGAAGACUGGUGGCCAACUAAAGGGCCUUAGAACGUGUUCCUGAUCGUCGAAUCACGAGUGUUUUUUUUUUUGUUUUUUAAUCUUCUAUGUAGUUUCCUUCGAUCCUUGGACAAUUUACAAUUUUCUUCGAUUAUGAAAGGGAGAGAAGAAAACUUACGUUUCCUCGAUGAAUAUCUUUCGAUGAAUAAUCCAUCGAGUUUUUAUGGGAUCAAAUGUUCUUGCGGACUAUUUCCCAAACAGACCAUUUUCCAAGGGAACAGUGCAAUUUCCUUUACAUUCCUGUGUAAAGUCUUCCUCGUGUAGCGGAUCGAGCGUCAGUCGAGUAGAACGAUUCGCGAUGAAAAUAUAUUCCUUGGAUACGCCUCGUCUUCCUGUUUUUCGUAGACAGGAAUCGGCGGAGGGUGCAAUUCUGCCGGGAGUGCCUUGAUUCGCUUAUCUUUCUUCCAUCGCGAACGACGAAUUGAAAACGAAUUUUAUUCUCCUUUCUCUUCUAUUAGAAGCGUUUCGUUACGUUUCUGUUAUUGUAUCGCAUCUAAUGAAUCGAAUUUAUCGGAUUGUAACAUAUUGCGUAGAAAGAACGUGGAGAAAGGUGGAUCGCUAUACGAUUUAAAUGUGUAUUACAUCGAGAGUUUAAAAUUGGAGUUAAAAAUCACAAAGUACAUGCUCUAAAGUGACUAUGGAGAAGUUGUUCUACGUGUAAAAAUGAAUCGGGAAAGCAAGAAUAAGAGUCUCCGUUGUUGAGAAAAUCGCAUUUGAAAAUUGAAGCGAGAUGUACGUGCGUUUAGUUGACUCUCGACAGGGCACGUGUCUAUCGACGAUUUUUUAGAAAACGAGACUUUGAAGGAAGGAUAUUACUUUACAUUUUCGACUUAUUUUUACACGUAGACUCAACCUUCAGAGCAAUGAUACCAUAUUCUUUCGAUUUAGAGUGAACUGAACAUACACAUAUCCGACCUAUUUUCAAGCUCGAUUAUCUCGAAAACGAAAUGUUAAAUAAAAAAGAUUCAUUCUUUAUUUUUAAUUUAGUUUUGCUUACACAAUAACCUUCUGCCACCUACUUUGGAACAUUCGGUACAUGUAACGUUCGUUUCACGCUUUAUUUUGGAAAAUUGACUGUAGCAGAAGACUGGGAAAUUGAAAUCAAAAUGUAAAGAAUAAAUUUCUUGAAAUUGAUCGCAUUUCAGUUUCCUUAAAGAAGAAUACAUUUUUAAAUGAUAGCGACUCGUAACGAGAUUCGAUAUUAUUACAAUGAAUUAAACGAAGAUCGAAUCCCAGAGGACGUAACUUUCUUUUCGGCGUUGUACAUCUUUCGCAGAUAACUUAUUCCACAAAGUUCGAUAAAGCGUAUGGAGAGAGUUUUGAUUCAAACGAAAUUUCAACAAACGUUCAAAAAACGUGCGAAAUUUAAUUAAACGACAAGGACUAACCCUCCAAAGGCAGACGUAUAUUAUAUUUUUCCACGCUCCGCAGUUACGCUGGGUCAUUUUCAUCCAAGAUAAAUGUCCUUGGUAUUCUGGACUUUCAAAAAUGUAAAAAAAUGCCUAGAAUACUUAUCGAUGUCUUCACUGUAUAAUAAAGUCAUUUAUCAAGUCAGAUAUUUAAAAUUUCUAUCGAUAAAAAUCAAAAUUUCGCUUGGAUGAGUAACGGCCCAGUUUAAUUACGAGGAGUUAAACUUGUAGCGAGACAUUUAGCGAUAGAUAAGCGUUCGCGCAGACUAUUAAAGUAUUUAGGAGCGUAAGUGCAUUUUCAAUCGACUGUCGGUUGAUAUUUGUGUUCGCUUGACAGCGAUAAUGACUCUUCGAUUUUCGUCCAAAUAAUAUAAUAAAAUUAGGAAACGGAUAUAGAGAACGAAGAAUAGUUAAAAUAUAAUAUUAAGACGACAUACAAUUGAAACGAUAAAUGUCCAACGCGUUAACUAUAUAAAUUAUAUAAAUAAUGAGUGAUUAUAAUUAAUGUGGUAUUUUAUCUAGAAUGAAUACGAGAUGAUCGUGUACGUCUAUUUUCUCCAGAGAAAACUUGUUAGAUUGAUAUAUAUAUAUAUUUAGGAAUUUAUUUAUAGAUUAGGAUCCAUUCACGCGAGAUAUAGAUUUGUAUAUUGUAUUUGUAAAAGAAGACGUUUAUUUAACCAUCCGUACGUUGUUGAGAUGGUUCGCACCAUUGUGGUUUUAAGAAGAACGUGUGCAAUGAUGUUGACUUUGAUUAUUUCUUCAAAGAACGCGCCACAGUAUAUAGAUGUAUAAUUUUUUCGUAAUUCUGUUAUACUAUGAUACUAUAUUACGUGCGGUGUGAUUCGUAGUACGAUAAAGGAAGAUAAUUUUUCGGACUGCAAACAGUUGAGAGACUGCAACGAAAAAUGGAAAAUGAAAUUCGAAUCUUUUUUCCUAGAAACAGAUAUUUUUCGAGAAGAAUUGUAUUUUAGACGUAGUAAACAGGGUUUCUGUCUUUCCUGUUUCUUGAACUCCUUCGAGAUUCUUAACAUUCUCGCGUUCUUUAUCGAAAAGGUUUAUUUCAAGAAAAAAUAAGAAAGUAAAAACAGAGAAUAGUCGAGGAAUGUUUUCCGCGAGAAAAAUAUUUUCUGUGUAGGAAGUGUUUUUAUAAAAAGACAAACACUCGGUAUCGAAAAUAUAACUUGUCGAUAAAAAUACAUUUCUCGGGGGAUUUGCAAUUUAGAAAAUAACAAUGGUUUACAAAUACACGCACAAAGAAUCGUAUAAAAUUUAAUUCCUCGAAAAAUAUCUAAGAAAUCCAAUCUUCGAUUUUAACGAAAGGUCGGUAAUCUUUUAACUUCGUAACGAAUCACGCCUCACUUUGCAUAUUCUAUGCUCGCACUGAUCACAUGUAUCGUCCAAUUUCAAAGGCGACAAAUUUUCAUUGUCUAAUGGGUACAAAUAUCACCGAUAAUGUUCACGAUCGUGUGAAUUAAAGUUAAAAGAAGGGUGAACGAAUGGUUCUAAGAGGAAACUUGUCUCGAACACGAGCGCUGCCAUUGAUUACUAUAACGAUCUUUGAAAAUAUGAUACUUUCGGCACGUAAAGUCUUGCUGAUAUAGUUAAGCACGAGAAGAAAAAAUUCUCCAAACGAUUGCAUUUUCUUGAAUUUUAAAAUACAUAGGUAUUUUAUUAACGCAUCAAGUGCCAUGAUGGUUAGAAAUAUUAUUAUAUUACAAAAUUAUAUGAAAACUACGAUAGAACUUUGAUCAUUGGAACAUCUAGAUGGAAAAUUCUGCUUUUCUUCAAAUUUUCCAACCAUCUAACAUAUCGCACUGUGUUACGUGACGUACAUAACACAGUGCGUGUGUAUUAUUGAUGAAAAGUAAAAGAAGAAACGAAUGUCGGAGUAUGUUUUUGAAAAAAGAACGAUUUUAUUCGAAGUGGAGGACCGCUUGAGAAAUUCUGGGAAAUGAUAGAACGGUUCUUGUCUGUUUUAGUUGGCUAUUUAAAGCUCGAAGCUGUAGUACGAGCUUCAGCGUCUGGAGCAUCUAUUUUUAUGCAGAAUUCGCUGGGUCAUUUAAACAAUAACAAAUGUGUUAGGUUCACAUUACGUCUACAAUUUUGAAGCUUUAUCUUUUAUUUCAAACAGGUUGUCCGAAAGAUUGGUUACGAGAUAGAUUGGAUAAACAAUUUGGUAACUUAUCGUGACGUGAUAAUUGUUCUCGCGUGUUGAGGUAAACUCAGAGGAUUUAUUUUAUUAAAUAUUCCUUUGCCAAAAGUCAUAUUUCUCUCUGAUAAUAACAAUCGACAUUCUGUUCUUCUUUUUAAUUCAGAAUCUUCAUAUUCUCUAUAGAGUAUCUUUAAUAAUACAAUUAAUUUAAAUACAUGUUAGCAUUUUGUAUAAAGAAUUAAUCAGAAACUUUUAAACAAAUUACUAAAUUUUUCAAUCUGUCUCAACAAAGAAAAUAUCUCUGCCAUAAGUCUGGUAAUUUAAUCACGAGAAAAACGGGUUUUCAAAAGUCACUGUUUCAUUUUAAAAAAUUAAAGGGGAACAAAAAUCAGAAGGGGAGGAUUUUUCCUAUUUACAGAAAACCUGAUUAAUCGAUCAAAGGGUAGGAUAAGUUUUAACUGACAUGGCAUCAAACGUGUUAAUAAAUAUCAAAGAUGGUUGAAGAACGUUUAACAGAAUAAUUCAAGUACCUAAAAAUUCGAUGGCGCGUCUCCGAUUUCUUCGUCGAACACAUUUUCGAUCACGAUCGAGGCUCCUCGCGCGAUUUUGCGAUCUCAUCGUUCGGCGAUCACGUGUCGCGGAAAAUUUUCCUCCUGGCUUAGAUCCACGCUUCGAACCAAUCGAAGUUCGCGAGAACUUUGAUCAACUUGUCUAGCCGUCGUAAGCCCAGGAAACAGGGAAUUGUAAACACGAUCCAUAUGUUAAGCGGAUAUUGAAAGCUGAGAUCUAGGGAAGCUGCCAAUUUCCAAUUUUUCAAAUCCUAAACUUUGAAAUUUGCAAAUUUUCAUCUGUUCGAAACUUUAGACGUCUCGAUUUCUCUCAACCUUAUUCCUCUAACAUUUCAAAUUCCGAAUUCUCCAAAUUUCCGAAGCUUCGAGUUUCUCGAAUCUACAAAAAUCUAAUCGACGAUAAAUUUAUUUCCAACUUGGGCUCCCGGAAAACAAGUUGUUUCGUAUUUGUAUAAUAUAACAAAUGUUACAUAACGUGAUAUAGUCAUUCAACUUUCGCGAACAACAACGAAAACCCGUGAAAAAAGUUAUAGGAAGAAACGUGAUCUCUAUUCAAACUCGAGAAAACUAUAUCGUAGCGAAGAUACGCGUAAAGCUCUCAAGAGAUUGACAAAAAAAUUAACGAGUUUACCAAACAGUGUCACGUGUGUUUAUAGUACGCUAUUGAGGAGGAAAAAAAAUUACGAGAAAGACACGCACACUCGCGUGUUACGUACUCGCGGUAAAAAAAGCGGCAAGACGUGUAAAAAAGGCAGGCUAACUCGGCGUCUGUCAAUUACUUACGCCUGACUGAGCACAUCCGCAAACGUGAAUCCUACUGACUUUAAAGACCGAUGUGCCUAUAAUGUUCUUAAAGGGGAUACUGUUUUUCGCGCUUUCAGUUGUUGACCCUAUCGCUUGUACGAGAUUGUGGCGUGACACCUGCACUUAUGGGGUAAUAUCGAUGCAUUAUAGAUUAAAGCUGAGCGCCGAACACCUAUGGACGUUUAUUACAUUAAGUAGCGCGCGUUGAUCGCAAUGGUCUCGUAAAUAGGAAGAAUGUAGAGGAAUCUUCCAGUGGAAAGUAUCUCCGGUUUAGAUAAUAUUACAAUGGAACUUUGUUUAUUCGAACGAAAUUUUAACUGGCCGAUGAAUUGAAGUUUUGCUGAUUGAAUUCGUUUAUCUGAACGCGAGCUGCCAUUACGCGAAUGACAAGCGAUAGGCAGCAAGGCCAACUGGCGAACUCCUAUUAUACCAACUCUAAUUAUAAUAAACUGUUUGUCCCGUGACAAGUUCAAAUAAAUGUAGUUCCAGUACGUAGAUAGAGAUAUGUUAAUUUGGUAUUUGAAAGAAACUUAAAAGUUGGGAAGUUUGUUCGAUUAUCCGGAACUGUGUACGUCUGAAUGACCAAAUUUUGGAAUUCUCAAGUUUCCGUAACUUUGCAUCUCCGAAUUCCUAGACCUGCAAAUUUCUUGAUUUUCCAAUUGCACGUUGAAACUCUCAAAUUUUGGAUAUCUAAACUCCUCGUGCUUUCGAAUUCCCAAACUUCGAAGUUUCCAAGUUUCGAAAUGUCUUACAGUUUCAUAACUUCGAACUUUUCAAUUAUCUAAAAUUCUACAAACUUCAAGCUUUCAAAUCCUGAAAUCUCUGGAUCUCUAGCUUAUCAAAUGCCACACAGUCGAAUUUCAAAGCAUCUGGUUGUGAAUUUCUAAAUUUCCAGUGUUCUUCCCUAAUUUCGCAAUUUCCACGAUUCUGUGAAUCGUUCCGUUUUCAACAAUUUUCCAAAUUCUCUUUGCCCAACUUCCACACCAUUUACAUUCGCGCUCUUCGAUCCGUGCGUUUCUAGGUUGUUUCAGAGUCGAUCAAACGACUAUGUAAAUUAAUAAAUCUCGAGAUAUUUGAGGAAUUACUUGUUACAGUCCCUGUUAAUCCUAUUCGCAGCAGAAGCAGACGCAAUUUAUACGUCGGUGUUAUCCAAUGAUUCGCGGAAACCGUAAUUCCCGCUAUACAAUUAUACGAGUACGUACGUAAAUUCGCCGGAGGAAGCCUCGUAUCGUUAGAUAAGAAUCAUAGCCUGUCGCGCAGAGGAAUCGUAUAUAAUUUCUUGUACAAAAUGCCAAUUGAACGCAGUUUUAUCCAGAGGAAAUGAGAGAAAGAGAGGAACAGAGAGAGAAUGAGAGAGAAAGAAUUUAAUAUAUUCUAUAAACGAAGCUUUAUAUAAAUGGUUAUAUAUAUACAUAUAUAUAUAUAAAUAUACAUAUAUAUAUACAUAAGAUAUUUCUAUAUAAACAGAUAAUAUAUGUAUACACUAAAGAAAACGUACACAAACACAUUUACGAGUCUAUAAAAUAGACGACGAGAGAACGAUUGUCAUACCAUAGACUGUGGAUAUUUAUGGAAUUUCAUAUUUUUAUCACUCGAACGAUCAAGAAAUGGAUCAAGAAAUCUGUAAACAGAGAUUCGUACCACGAAACUAGGUAUCGUAAUUUUAUCAUGGACAUCUUGUAUAUUUUUGCACGUUGUAUGCAUUUUAAGAGUUGCUAUUCUUCCAAAUUUCUCGCAUUUCAUACUUUUAAAUAUAAAUGCCUAAAGAUCCGCAGGCUAAUCCGCACGCAAACAGACACGUACACGCAAAUAACGUUCGUUCGAUUUCAUUAUGGCGAAUCGAUGAUCGAUUACCGAUUCGUAAGAUUACCGGUUCGCUGCAUCUGUGUGCCCUGCACCGAAUAUCCGAUGUAUCGCGUGCAUUAUAUUAUUUAUCCGCAGAGACUAACCGUGUAUAUCUCUGUGUAUACGUGUCCUCGUGUUAGCUGUGCAACGACUUAUCCUAUUAUCCCGACGAGUAAAUGUCUUUACGCGAUUAUGGUGUGCCGCUGCCACGUGGACGCCGGUGCACGUGGUCGUUCGUCUAACUUCGAACGUUGUAUGACAAAUGAAUAAACACAUGUGACUUAA